UUCAUUCAAAGACGAACAGCUCGGCGCCGAGAAAACGACUCCACGACCGCCUUUCGUUCUGUGAACACACACACGUCACACUGCUGGGGGGAUAACCAUUCAAUUUCAUGGAUUUAUAAAUGCACAUCUUUAAAAAAAGAGCGAGGCGUCACGGAUUUUACCCGGAACGCGCGGAGGUGAUACUUGGAUUGGAGUUUUGAAAGUGUUCUCCGGCGCAGAACUGGACUGCCAUCUUAAUGCAACUUUUUUGGAAAGAGACUAAGGGCAUCUUGACGGAGUCUUCAAGUAAAUCUUGUUACGCCUUGCCAGAAAGUGCACCACAACAACGCCGCAUCUCUCACUGGCUGACAGGUGACGUUCCGUUUUCGCCGGGAGCGCUAGGUUUCUCGGCUCCUCUCGGCUCUGCCGGGGAGAUGUUCCAGGGGUUCCCCGGAGACCUCGACACCGGUUCCCGUGGAAGUUCGUCCCCUUCUGCCGAAUCGCAGUACCUGUCCUCCGUGGACUCCUUCGGGAGCCCGCCCACCACCAGUGCGCCACAAGAGUGUGUAUCUGCCGCUGGCGGUGUAGGGGCGGGUGGCGGGACAGCCGGCAGCGGAGCAGGGGUGGAGAUGCCUGGCUCCUUUGUACCCACGGUGACGGCCAUCACCACAAGCCAGGACCUGCAGUGGAUGGUGCAGCCCACCCUCAUCUCCUCCGUGGCACCUGGGCAGAGUGGCACAGGCACGACCACCAUGACCCAGCCGGUGGGCCUGGACCCUUACGAUCUGCCAGGGCCUAGUUUCUCCUCUGGCUCAGGCUUCACCCCCCCCAGCUCAGACACUCCGGGCCCAGUCCGCCAGUCUCGUAGCCGCCGCCGCACUCGGGAUGAAACGCUGACUCCAGAAGAGGAGGAGAAGAGGCGCGUCAGAAGAGAGAGAAACAAACUGGCUGCAGCCAAGUGUCGUAAUCGGCGGCGUGAGCUUACAGACAGACUGCAAUCGGAGACAGACAUAUUAGAGGAGGAGAAGGCCGAGCUGGAGGCCGAGAUUUCGGAGCUGCAGAAGGAGAAGGAGCGACUUGAGUUUGUGCUCAUCGCCCACCAGCCCGGCUGCAAGAUCCCGUACCAGGAGGAGGCUCCGGCGCAGCUGCAGCAGCAGACGCCCCCGCCUCCUGCACCUGUCUCCGUGGUGGGACUGACUGUGAAGGAGGACACUUUCUACCUGCCUCCUGCUUACUCGUCCCACCACCACCACCUGCCAGGCUCAUCGCAGACUCAGCCACCUUCGGCGCAGCAGCAGCCACCGCAGCAGCAGCAGGGGAUGAUGCAGGAGGUAGCCUUUUCUAGUUCUUUCUAUGAGCAGAGCCAGCCGGCGCCGGGCGGCCCGUGCCUCGUUGCCGACGGUGGCGGUAACCCUGACGCCGGCAGCUACAACCCCUCAUACACAUCUUCAUUUGUGUUCACCUACCCAGAGGGAGCCUGCGGGGUCAGCGCUAACCAGCGAACCAGCAGCAGCGAGCAGUCCUCUGACUCCCUGAACUCGCCCUCACUUCUUGCGCUCUGAGAGCCCUGCUCUUUCCUGCCUGUCCUUGUUCUUUUCACAUACUCACACAUAUCAACGUGCAUAUACAAACACGAAAUUUACUUCAUUGAUUGCAGAGCCGCACGCAGAGUUUCAUAGUCAUGUUUAGUGAGAUUGCAUUCACUUCUGUUAGCAUAAUACCUUUGUUAUUUCAUGUUAAGCUUCAGACGUCUUAGUACCGUAUUUAUUCAAAGCCUUUGGGCAUUUUUCGGUGAAUUAUUUUUGCACACAUAGUUCAGAAUUGGAAAUAUUGUCAAAUACCUCGACCGGUCAGCAGUCCUCUCAGUUUUAUCGCUCCAACCAAGCAAUUCUGCACCAUCCUUAAGUGCUUUAGUAGCUUAAAUCGAGCCUGAAUGACUUCAUCAAGUAUUAAUUUGUAUUGAAUUCAGGCAUAGUAUUGAAAUGAGUCACCACCGCCAGAGCCUGUGACAUCCCCGCACAUCCACACUCACACAUUCAAAAGACACCUUAUAACACAAGCACUUAGUUAUACUUAUCCCUUCCCGCUGCUCUCUCUCUCUCUCUGCUCCUGCUCACAUUGGUGUUCCAUCUCUCUCUUUCUCACCAUGCCAAUCGUCUGCAGAGUGUAUUUGUCUGAGCUGAAAAAAAGGGGACAAAGAACUUUUGUGGCUUCCAUACUUGGUUUUUGGGUUUUUUGGGGAGACUGCGAAAUCCUGCAAAUCCUCCCACCCCCGCUUUCUUCAUCCCUCCAUCUAAUCCUCCUCUUGCUUCUUCUUUGUCAUUGUGCUGGGACUAUGAAAAUGAGGGACAUUGUUGCCCAUCCAACAGUCAAUCAAUCAGUCAAUCAAUCAAUCAAUCAGUCUAUCUCUAUCUAUCUCUCUUUUUCUUGUCUCCCCCGUCGUCCAUCUGCCCAUCUGUUUCUCCUCUCUCCUGUCUCUAUGUACCUCUGGUUCUCUGUGAAGUCUUCAGCCCCUGAGAGCCCAUUGGACCCUGAAAGCCCCUGGACCCUUGAAUGAUCGGCGGGCCACCCCAGAGCCACAGACCCCCACCCCUCCCCAGCAUGGACCAGCCUGCUGCACUGCACAGAGGAACCGCAGAGCUUUUUACUAUGAGCAGACCUUUCAAAACAGCCAACACCAGCUAUAGCAUGCAGAUCAAACGACGGCAAGCGGAGUUUCAGGCCACAGCAGGCCCAAAGGCAUGGGAUUCCUUUGUUACAUCCUUCAUGAGGAUUUGCUUGAACGGUUGGGCAAAUGUAGGGAACAGACUGAUGUAGGGAAGGGGCUUGAAGAGUUUAAGGCCAGCAGAGGAGCUCUUAGGCACGGCCGUGCCCAUCCGAGGUCUGGAGGCCUCUGAGAAGCAAAAAGGAGAGAAAAGGCUGACCUUCACUUUGCAGCUCUCCACUUCUGAAUCCACCCUGUCUGGUUUCCCAUGUCAUCUCUUGCCUGUUAUUUGUCCUUGUGUUUUCCAGACCAUUUAAAUGCCACACCCCCUCCACCGAAGACAGUUUUCUGUGGUUUCCUGUCCAUUUCCAUGAUAGUAUUAGCUUUGACCCCUCAAAAAAAGUGGCCUAACUGAAGGUUACAUACAAAAGGCGGCUCUUAAUGUAAGUGGCACAUGUCUUGUCAGUCAGUGUUGGCUAGCUUGGUUUUGAGAAACCUUGAAAAAAAAGUGAAAAAAAGAACUUUUGAAAAUUUUUGAAACAACCUCUUAGCACUUGGACUAGUGGCCUCUGUAAGUUCCCAUAGUCCUUUACAGCCUGACUCUGUCCUUUAGUAACCCAUCGUGGGCAGCUGCAGGCUUUUAUUGUGAAAGGGCAUCACUGAAGCUGCUUCUCCAGUUUAUUUCUUUCUUUAAGGAGGUUGACAUGUUGAGAAAGCACAAUUGUGGGCCAAAGCAGAUGGAGGAAGAAAGACAGGAGUUGUUUAUGAAUAUGAAAACUUUAUUUUCCUGUGAAUUUGCUAAUUAUUGUUUUUUGAUAUCUUGAGUUAAGGACCUUUUUUUUGUUACGCUUUUCUCUUUUGCUAUUGAUUGUGCCGUUGCUGCCAAAUGGAGGAACUUUGCGGGGGGCCGUGAGUCGCUCCUUUUCUCUGUUACUGUUGUCUUAUUGUAAUUAUAAAAAUAUUGUUAUUAUUAUUAUUAAUAAUAUUAUUUCAUUGUUAUCAACAUUUGGCAACUAAAAAAGACAUGUUGUGCACUAUGAACCUUUUUUAUGUCAUAAAGUAUCCUAAAAAAAUGCUCUAUAUUAUGUAUGCGUAUAUAUACAUAUUCAUUGUGUAUAUAUACUGUAUGUACAAUGAUUGUAAUGUAUGAAUGCUCAGAAAUGUAAAAUGGUUAUUUUUGUUAAUGAAGACAGGAGGGCGAGCUUGUUGCAGCUGGUUUUGGUUUUAAACAUAGAUAUUUUUCUAAAAGAACAAAAAACUAUAUUAUGAUAUACAAUAAUAGCCCGCCUUUCCCUCAAUAUGAAAAGCAUUGUCACUGCCUUUGCUCUAUUUGCUGUGUAUUUAUAUGUUCUAUAUAUAAAACACAUUGCUAUGUAUGAUGAGUAUAUUCGAACUGUGGUGCAUAUAAUGGUAUAUAUGUAUCAUGGGUUUAUGGAGGUGAUCUUGUGCUUUUUUUUUUUCGCUCGUGCUUAGUUUGUCAGUGUGAGGUUGGUCCCACAGCCCUUGCUCAUCGACCCCUGUGGACAAAACACACUGGACGCAAACAAAUAAUAAAUAAUAAAACAAAGUGAAGA